AUGCCGACUACGAUUCUUGCGAAAAGUCUGGGAAAGUACCACGUUCACGGUCCGACUCUGGAAAUGAUCAUGCAUACAAUGGACUCCGGACUAGGCCAAAAUCAGAAUCCAAAGCCUACAUCUGCAUCCUUGCCCCAUCUGACUUCCCACGACUCCAUUUAUCCUGCUACUACUAUCUCGAAUAUUACGAACACCGAAGACAACGCGUGUGGGGCUGGAAUUUCUGCUAGCACGUCUACUCUAUCAGCAAAAGGGCGUAGGAACCGGAAGAAGCGUCGCCAACAGCGCCGUAAAAACAUCUGUCCUACGGACAAACACGAGUUAUUAGUGACUUCGAAAAAUUGUGUGUUCUACAAUGAUCAAUCUUCCAACGACCAUCAUCAUGUCUCGGAGUCUGCUAAAGUCGAUUCUGAAUCCUUGGUUGAUGCAGAUUCAAAAAAUACUAGUCUGAAUCUUAGUACUUCGGCUUCUAUUGCAGACAAUAUACACAAAGAAGACGAUACUGAUAUUAACGGACACCAUAGUGAUAGCGAGGAUGAUGAGACUGUUCAGGCUUCUCGAACAUUAUCUCGCGAAAUUAUGAUAACGCGUAAUGGUCAGCCAACGAAUUUCAAGCUCACUCAAGUUCAGGUGCCGUGGCAUCAGCUGUUUGUGCCGAAAGAAUUGUAA